AUGUGGGCCGUGCGGCUCGCGGCCCGGCGGCCGCUACACAUCACCGCCGUCAGAGGAAGAGUCGGAACCGGCAGGACCGACCUCCUCCUACGCCAUAAGGUUAGAUUGCUUGUUUCCCAGCAGAUCUCCUCCCUCAGCAGACCUGGUGCGCUCCACUUGACGACUACUUGCCGGCGUACGCUGCACCUGAGCGCGCAGGUAUGCAGCGUGAAGGAGACGCCGGCACCCGCGGAGGAAGAAGUAGGAGGCUUCACCAAACUCAUUGAGGCUCUGGGCUUCACCGGACCCCUCAAGUACAACAAAUGGAAAAUCAAGAUAGCCGCAUUGCGCAUGUACACUUGCUGCGUCGAGAGGAUCAACUACGACGACUUCUUUGACCGCUGCUCACUGCCAGACACGCUCAACUCCUGGUUCCUGGUGGCGCAGCUGCACGUGUGGAUGUGCCUGGUGCGGAUGCGUCAGGAGGGCCGAGCAGGCAAGUACAUGUGUCGCUACAUCGUGCACUCCAUGUGGGAGGACGUCGAGCAGCGCAGCAAGAUCAUGGGGAUCGACGCCAUCCAUCGCAAAGAAGCACUGAAAGCCAUGACUGAGACCUUCUACGCGGCAUUGUUCGGAUACGAUGAGGGCAUCCUUUCGGGCGACAUUGUCCUGGCCGCCGCUCUGUGGAGAAACCUCUUCAAUUGUCAGUGUGAAGACUCUGCCCAGCUGGAGCUCAUGGUGGAGUACGUGCGCAAGCAGAUGCAGUUCAUCGACUCCCUGGAUGGCGAAGACUUGCUCCUGACCGGUGAAGUCAAGUGGCGUCCUCUACUGGAGGAGAAUGCUCAAAGCAUCCUGAAAGUGGCCACGCCCACGUACAACGACGCCGGACUGUGA